AUGAGUCACUCGCACGAUAUCGCCGAGAAGGAGGGCGAGGCAGUCGUCACCACCAAGGCCCUUCACAGCGAGCCAACCCUCAAGCGUAACAUCUCCGCUCUGGCCAUUGUCGGUCUUGCUCUCUCCAUCUGUGUACGUAAUGGUUGGGCUGCCAUGUCCUCCACCAUCGUCAUCGGUCUCAGCCAAGGCGGUACACCUGUCAUCAUCUACGGUCUCAUCGGUACUUCGAUCAUCAACGUCUUCCUUGCUUCCACGCUUGCAGAGCUCUCGGCCGCUUGGCCCACCGCCGGUGGCCAAUACGUCUGGGCUUCGAUUCUUGCUGGUCCCAAGUGGCGUCGAAGCGUCUCGUUUGCGGUCGGAUGGGCGACCAUCUUUGAAUGGAUCACCACCACUGCUUCAGUCAUCAUGAUUUCAGCCGAGGUCAUAGUUGGCCUGGUGGACACUUACCACCCGGGCUUUGAGGUCCAGCGCUGGCAGGUUUUCCUCAUCUUCCUCGCCGUCAACUCGAUCUCGACCUUCAACAACCUGUUCGUCCUCUCGAGGCUUCCCAGCAUUGGCACCAUGUUCCUCGUCUUCUCGACCCUCAUCUACCUUUCGAUCAUGAUCACCUGCCCCGCGGCUGCCGAGACUCACCAGAGCAACGAGUUUGUUUGGGCUACAUACCGAAACGAUAUCGGCUGGACUGAGAAGUUUAUCGUCGUUGCGACUGGACUCGUUAACCCGGCGUACGUCUUUGCCGGCAUCGACGGUGCUGUCCACAUCGCAGAGGACUGCCUCGACCCGGCCCGUUCCGUUCCUUACUCGCUCUUCGCCACAGUCGGCGCCGGUCUCUUCACCGGUCUCACCUUUUCGAUUGCCCUCCUCUACUCGAUCCAAGACGUCGACGUUGCCGCCGCUGCCGAGCUGCCCUUCCUCGAGAUCAUCGUCCAGGCUACCAGGAGCCGUGCUGCGGGUGCGAUUUUCAUGUCCGCCUUCCUCUGCGUCCUGAUGGUCUCGUCCAACUCGGUCCACCACGCCACCUCGCGUCUUAUCUGGUCGUUUGCGCGUGACAAGGGCAUGCCCCUGUCGGACAAGGUCGCCCACGUCCACCCCAAGCUCCGCGUUCCGGUCAUCCCCAUCCUCAUCUCGUGGUUUGGCGUCACGGUCCUCGGUGUGCUCUACGUCGCCUCGACCACCGUCUACGGCUCCAUCAUCUCCUGCUGCAUCAUCCUCGGAAACAUCUCGUACGCCAUCCUUGCCAUCCAGCUCAUGAUGUGCGGCCGAAACAUCAACCCCAACCGCUGGCUCAAACUCGGCUGGUUCGGCUGGCUGUCCAACGUUGUCACUGUUCUGUGGACCGUUUUCACCACCGUCGUGUGGCUCUUCCCCACCACCCCGCACCCUUCGGGCUCGGAGAUGAACUACUCGGUGGCCGUCCUCGGCGCCAUGGCCCUUAUCGCCGUCAUUGACUGGUAUGUGCACGGUCGCAAGCACUUUGUCGGCCCCGACGACACUCCACUCGCCCACGAGCCCAAGGAGGGAGUUCUUGGCACACCGCAGGACCACGAGUCGGGAGAGUAUCAUCAGUAA